CGCAGCAGGCAGAGGUUUGUCCGCACAGACUUAGACCAGACUGCUGAAUAUAUAUGUAAGGAGGAGGAGGAGCUGUCAAAGAAAUUGGGGCUUUCUCAGAAAAGGGAAACUUUUCCCUCUAACCGAGCCGGGAAUUCGUUUAAUUUAAAGUGUUUUUAUUUCUUUCUCCGGUCGGAUUAUCGCGUUGUGUUGGCAUGGAAUGACGCUGCGCUCUCCAAACACGAUGGCAGCGCGUUUUCUGACAUGGAUCACCCUCACCUCUCUGCUCUGUCUGGGCGUUCUGGCGGAAAAGAAAGUCUGCCAAGGUUUUACCAAUCAUUUAAAUCUUCUGGGCUCUAAAGAGGACCACUACCAGAACAUGGUGAAGACCUACAGCAAUUGUACUGUUGUCCUGGAGAACUUGGAGAUCACUUAUGUAGAAGAGCACCGUGACCUUUCCUUCCUCCAGUCCAUUGAAGAAGUCAGUGGCUACGUUCUGAUUGCCCUCAACACAGCUCCCAAGAUUCCUCUGCAGAAUCUGCGGAUCAUCCGAGGUCACGCCCUCUAUGAGGGAAAGUUUGCGCUUUCUGUGCUCGCCAAUUUUGAGACAAAAACAGGUCAAGGUACCACCGAGCUUCUCCUGACCAGCCUAACAGAAAUUCUCAAAGGAGGUGUGAAGUUUAGCGGCAACGGCAAGCUUUGUAAUGUGGAAACCAUACAGUGGUUUGAUAUCGUCAAUACUGAAGAUGAGCACAAGCCCAGCCUGGAACUCCCAGUGGCUGGAAACAACCCCAAUUGUAAGAAAUGCCACUCAAAGUGUUUCAAUGGUUCAUGUUGGGCUUCUGGUAAAGACAACUGUCAGACCUUAACCAAGCUGAACUGUGCACAGCAGUGCUCCAAGAGGUGCAAAGGACCAUCACCAAGUGACUGUUGCAAUGAGCAUUGUGCAGCCGGAUGCACGGGGCCCAGACCCACAGACUGUCUGGCCUGUCGGGCCUUCCAGGAUGAUGGGGUGUGUAAGGACUCCUGCCCAGGGCUCCAGCGCUAUGAUCCAAACCUGCACCAGCUGGUCCCCAACCCACAUGGAAAGUACAACUUUGGGGCCACUUGUGUCAAAAGUUGUCCACAUAACUAUGUUGUGUCUGAUCAUGGUGCUUGUGUGCGGACAUGCAGCGGUAACACAUAUGAAAAGGAUGAGGGAGGAGUACGAAAGUGUGUCAAGUGUGACGGACUGUGCCCAAAAGUGUGUAACGGACUUGGAGCAGGAGAACUGACUCACACCCUGUCUAUCAAUGCCACCAACAUUGGCUUCUUUAAAAACUGCACUAAGAUCAAUGGUGACAUCACUAUCAUUAAAACAUCGAUCCAUGGGGAUCCUUUUACCAAAACACCAAAGAUGGAACCGGCUCAGCUGGACGUGUUCAAAACGGUUAAGGAAAUUACAGGACACCUGUGGAUUCAAAUAUGGCCAGAUACCAUGAAAUCACUCAGUCCUUUUGAAAAUCUGGAAAUAAUUCGAGGGAGAACAAAACGCGGUGGCCACACUUUGGUUGUGACCCAGAUCAAUGCCGACUACCUCGGCUUCCGGUCACUAAAGGAGAUCAGCGACGGGGACGUGGCCAUUAUCAAGAAUGAGAAGCUCUGCUAUACGAAGGAGAGUCACUGGAAGAGGCUCUUCAGAUCAAAGAGUCAAACUGCAACAGUCAACGACAACGCAAAUGCUACCACUUGUGCCCUAAGCAAAAAGACCUGUGACAGGAAGUGCACAGCGGACGGCUGCUGGGGCCCAGGCCCGGACAUGUGUUUCGCCUGUCAUAACUACAGCCGUGCUGGGAGUUGCGUUGACUUCUGCAACAUCCUGGAGGGAGAGCCACGGGAGGCGAUCGUGAAUAAAACCUGCAUGGAGUGUGACCCUGAGUGUCUACGCAUGAACGGCACUGCAACCUGCCGGGCGCCUGGUCCUGGAAACUGCACAAAGUGCGCCAACUUUCAGGAUGGACUGUUUUGCGUGUCACGUUGUCCCCAAGGCAUCCCUGGAGAAGAUGACACCCUGGUGUGGAAAUAUGCAGACAAGGAAAGAGUCUGCCAACUGUGCCACAAGAACUGCACUAAGGGGUGUACCGGACCAGGCCCUGAUGGUUGCCGAGGUGAAAGGUCUUCAGGCCUGUCCAUGAUUGCAGCCGGGGUUGUUGGUGGGAUGCUGGCCGUUUUGAUCGCAGGCCUCUCUGUCUUUGUGCUGCUACGUCGGCGCCACAUCAAAAGGAAAAGGACGAUGCGCAGACUGCUCCAAGAGAGACAGCUGGUUGAACCUCUUACUCCGAGUGGGCAAGCACCAAACCAAGCCCUGCUGCGGAUACUGAAGGAACCAGAGUUUAGGAAAAUUAAGGUUCUGGGAUCAGGAGCUUUUGGUACAGUUUACAAGGGUCUUUGGGUCCCAGAAGGGGAGGAUGUGAAGAUCCCAGUGGCUAUCAAGGUUCUGAGAGAGGCCACAUCACCAAAAGCCAACCAGGAGAUCUUGGAUGAAGCUUACGUGAUGGCCAGUGUUGAUAACCCGCAUGUAUGCCGUCUGCUGGGUAUCUGCCUCACCUCGACGGUGCAGCUAAUAACUCAGCUGAUGCCUUAUGGCUGCCUGCUGGACUAUGUGAAAGAAAAAAAGGACAACAUUGGCUCCCAGCACCUGCUCAACUGGUGUGUUCAGAUAGCAAAGGGUAUGAACUACCUGGAGGAACGCCAUCUAGUGCACCGUGACCUGGCAGCCAGAAAUGUCCUGGUCAAGACUCCCAGUCAUGUCAAAAUCACCGACUUUGGGCUGGCCAAACUCCUUAACGCAGAUGAGAAAGAAUACCACGCAGAAGGAGGAAAGGUGCCAAUUAAAUGGAUGGCUCUUGAAUCAAUCCUAAACAGGACCUACACUCACCAAAGUGAUGUCUGGAGCUACGGUGUAACAGUCUGGGAACUGAUGACAUUCGGGACCAAACCUUAUGAUGGGAUCCCAGCCAGUGAAAUAGCCGGGAUUCUGGAGAAAGGAGAGCGCCUGCCACAGCCACCAAUCUGUACUAUAGACGUCUACAUGAUCAUGGUGAAAUGUUGGAUGAUUGACGCAGACAGUCGGCCUCGUUUCCGGGAACUAAUAGCUGAGUUCACCAAGAUGGCUCGAGAUCCAUCUCGCUAUCUUGUCAUUCAGGGUGAUGACCGCAUGCACCUACCAAGUCCAACAGACACCAAGUUCUACCGCAGCCUGAUUAGUGGGGAGGAUUUGGAUGAUGGUGUGGAUGCAGAUGAGUACUUGGUUCCGCAGCACAGCUUCUUCAGCAGUCCAAGCACCUCCUACACCCCACUGCUUCACUCCACGAGCAUCAACAGCAGCAAUGGAACAUGCAUCAACAGAAAUGGCUUAAUGAACGGUGUGCUGAGCAGAGACGGAAGCAUGGUUCUUCGAUAUAUCCCUGACCCAACUGACAAAUUUAUGGAUGACGCCUUCCAACCUGCUCCAGGCUACAUGAACCACAACGGAGCCUCCAAUGUGACGAAUCCUGUCUACCAACAUGCACGUCCCCCCCGCAGCCUCCUUCCAACCAUCUCAUCAGAUGAUACAGAGUCAGAGUACCUGAAUUACUUUAAAAACAGGCCAAAUGGACCUGAAUACCUCAACGAGCUCCCGCCCUCUACCACACUUCCUUUCGACUCCAGCAACAUGGUCUGUGUUGAUCACAGCAACAGGCCUCAGAAUAGCAUUGACAAUCCAGACUACCAACAGGAUUUCACUCCCACCCCAAAGACCCACGCAAAUGGACACAUACCAGCUGCAGAGAAUGUGGAGUACCUGGGUCCAGACUGAGGACCUUGGAGGAAAAGAAAA